CUCUAAUUAUUUAGGGAUACAAAAAGUGUAUUUUAUUUUUGUUUUGGCCAAUUAACUGAAAAAAACUAAUAAAACAAUAAUUAUAUAAAGCACAAAUAUAGCACAUAACGAAGGCUAUACUAAAAAUCCCUAAAAGAAAAUAAAAUAGUUCUAAAAACCCAACAAAUAACAACUGGUUAGUGAUAGAAAAACAAAAGAAACGUGUUUCUUUGUAUUUCAUUUGCAGACCCUACAACAUCACAGAAUAGUUUCUGAAGAUUUCCUAGAAUUUAUUAAUUAAAAUGGAUAAAAUGUUCGGUGCCAACUUGGAAUUCGUCAGAGAAGAUGAUUAUGUGGAAUAUUAUGUAUUUCCUAAACUUGAUGCAAACACCAGCAACGAUGAAAGCGAACGUGAACAGCAAGUACGCAAACAAUUGGAAGAUGUAAGGGGUUAUUGUAUGAAAUCGGUGGAGAAAUUGGUUAAGGAACGUCAGUAUAUAUGGCAUAAAGAUGAAUUUCAAUUACGUAUACGUACAUGCACAAAACAGGAGAUUUUGUUGAACGAUGAGUCAACAACAAAGGAAAAGGCAACAAAUGGCAGCAAAAAUGCACAAGAAGAUUCUUUGCCGCCCCAUUUGCAUGGUGUCACCCAUUACGGUGACAACAUAGCCGACGAGUGGUUUAUUGUUUAUCUUUUAACACAACUAACGAAAGAAUUUCCCAACAUUACUGCACGAGUAAUUGACUCGGAUGGGGAAUUUUUGUUAAUCGAAGCAGCUGAUGUUCUACCCAAAUGGGCCAAUCCCGACACUUGUGAACAGAGAGUGUAUUUAGCGAAUGGUUGUAUGCAUUUAGUACAGAAUUCACCCUCGAAUACGGCCAAGAUGAUGUCCGUGGCAACGGCCCUUACAAAGAUCCAAGAUAAUCAAACGCUCUAUAAAGUUUCAAAGGAAAUACAAAAUUGUAUUGAUGCAAGAAUUAAGGAAUUUCAAACGAUGGAUAAUAGCAAUUUACACCACCAAAUUGUGCGUUUACCUUUGGGAGUGGCAAUGAUCUUAAAGAAGCAACCAUCAUUGAUUUCAUCAGCCGUAAGAGCCUUUUGUGAACGUGAUCCCAUAGACUUGAAAGCCUGUCGUUCAAUGCGUUAUUUUCCACCCGAACAACGGGUACGUACCAAUGUUUGUUUCACCAAAUGUCUGUAUGCCAUGAUAAUGCACAGCAAUUAUGUGCCUGAUCGUAAAAUCGGUUGGAAUUUAACAGGCAGUCCCAGUAGUGAGGAGUAUAAAGAGGAUUUAUUGGGCAUUAAGUUGGCUUGUGGUUUUGAGAUAUUGGCCUCACAGGCUAAAGAUGCCAAGGACGAAGAGAAUUCACCGUCUUGGAAGGCAUACGUAAGAAGUCUUCAGUCUAAAGGUUAUUUUCGCGAAAAUAUUGAAGGUUCUGCGGACUAUACACGUUUAUUGGAACAAGCCAAGCUGUUUUUUAAAGAUAAUCAAACACGUUUUCGUACAGCACCUUUGGUGGGCAAGGAUAUACUGGAUUUAUUAAGGUGUACCGAAAUCAAUGCAGAGGAAUUAAGAGAUGAGGAGAAUAAUUUGAGGCCUAGUGAUUCUGAUGACUGGCUCAACAUUAGCGCCGAACAACUAGAUGCCAUGCUAGCAGAACGUUAUGGACCCAAGAAACUUUACAAAUCAAAUGGUGAUAUAAAUGCUGAAGAAUUCACUAAAAAUAUAGCCGAGUUCUUGGAAAAACAAUCCGCUUUCGAGGGCAUAGAACGUGACUCAGACGAUGAUAGUACCGACGAGGAAACAGCCUCUGCUGGUCGCUUUGCCAAUAGAGCCGAUUUCAAGGCUAAAGUUAAGAAAAAUAAUUCAAUGCGUCAGGCGUGUCGCAAGAAUCCCGUGAAUUUGAAUCAAUCCAUUAAUACCUCGGAUGCGGAUGAAAGUUUUACCACACAGGUAAAAAGCUUUUUAGAUUUUGUCAUACCCGAAGACAAAUGGGAUUCAAAUUCGGAAAUGAGUGAUUACGAGGAUGAAGAUGAUAUGGAGCGUAAUUUUGCCGCCAUGGCAGAUGCUGAAAAGCAUAUAGAUGCCGACAUUAAAGCCUAUAUGGAUCAAAUGGAUCGUGAAUUGGCCAAAACCACAAUUGGACAAAGUUUCUCUACGCCAAAUGCUAAGAAACCUAAGGGUCCUGCCGCUAAGGCCACCGCUGAGGAUGAUUUUGAUGACAUCGAAGACUUUGAACCCAUCAAUAUCAAUGUGAACACAUUGAAGAAUAUGAUGGACAGCUAUAAAUCACAGAUAGGUGGUGCCGGGCCCGUCUCAAAUCUAUUGAAUGCCAUGGGUGUGGGUAUGUCGGCAGCUGCCGCAUGUGAUCCAGCUGAUGAUGAUUUAAAAGAAUCGGCUGUUUAAAUUUACUUAUAUAUACCUAUAUACAUAAAAUACAAUACAUACAUAUAAUGAAUUAACUUUGAUAAUAUCGUCUUUGUCCAUUUUCAUCGAAAGUAUUUUCUAAGCAUUUUUCGUUUGUCUCAAGUUUAAAUAUAAUACGACAAGCAAAUAAUUGCUAUACUUUAUCACUAUUUUUACUUAAUUUUGUUUUGUUUUCACGCCAAACGCUACAUAAUUAAUUACAGGGUACUUAUGUUUACGUACGUAUUGAUUGCUCUCUUUAGAGGGUACAAUUUAUUUUUAAGGGUCGUCUGCUUUUGUUUCUUGUAAUUGAAUCGUUUAUUUAUUUGAAUUUUGAAAAAAGUAAAUAAAAUAAAAACACUUUCUAUACAAAAACAA